CUAGGUGAUAGCUGUUCCUCGUCCGUAAUGGCUGCAGCUGUGUCAACUACCCUGAACAGAUUUCGAGAUAAAACUCCUAUCAUCCCGGAAACCAGACAGCCACAAUCCAAAGGGCAGCCUGGGCUCGAUCAAUGGCCAUCUUUAUUUCAGACAGCUGUAGUAGCAACAGCUCUGAAAGUACUGCUUUUUCCCGCCUACAAAUCCACGGACUUUGAAGUCCAUCGAAAUUGGCUGGCCAUCACUAAUUCCUUGCCCGUCAAAAGCUGGUACUAUGAGACGACCUCAGAGUGGACGCUGGACUAUCCUCCGGCUUUCGCCGCGUUUGAGUGGCUCCUCUCACAGCCAGCCAGACUAAUAGAUCCUGCCAUGGUAGUGGUACGGAACCUGAACUACGACUCUUGGGCGACAAUCUGCUUUCAACGAUCAUCAGUCAUCUCGACCGAAUUACUAUUAGUCUAUGCCUUGAACCUUUACACCGAAACCUCGCCUCUGUCGAGUCGGCGCCAAAGCCAUGCCGUGGCUCUCUCGAUCCUGCUAUCGCCAGGUCUCUUGAUUAUCGACCACAUCCACUUCCAGUACAAUGGGUUUCUAUACGGUGUUUUGAUUCUCUCCAUUGUUCUUGCGCGCAGAGAUUCAACCAUGCUGUACAGUGGCAUGCUCUUUGCUGUUCUCCUGUGUUUGAAGCAUAUCUAUCUCUAUCUGGCUCCAGCUUACUUUGUCUAUCUGGCCCGAGCCUAUUGCCUGCGUCCAAAGAACAUGUUUCGCCCUCAAUUCACCAACAUCAUCAAGCUGGGAACAAGUAUUGUAGCGAUCUUCGGAGCAGCUUUCGGUCCUUUUGUCGUAUGGGGUCAGCUUGAUCAACUCAAAAGUCGACUUUUUCCAUUUGCGAGAGGUCUUUGUCAUGCAUACUGGGCUCCAAAUGCUUGGGCUAUCUACUCGUUCCUGGAUAGGAUGCUGAUAAUAGCAGCCCCUUACCUGGGUCUUGAUGUUGACCAGAAGGCAGUCAACAGCGUUACUCGUGGCCUUGUGGGCGAUACCACCUUUGCCGUCCUGCCAGAUAUUUCAGCCAGGCAAUGCUUCGCUCUUACGCUAUCGUUUCAGAUCAUUGCCCUGACGAAGUUGUGGUUCCGGCCUUCUUGGGACUCGUUUGUGGGAGCCAUCACACUGUGCGGAUAUGCGUCGUUCCUAUUCGGCUGGCACGUGCAUGAGAAGGCGAUCCUCCUUGUCAUCAUCCCGUUCAGUCUCCUCGCCAUCAAAGAUCGAUCUUAUCUUGCCAGCUUCCGGCCUUUGGCAAUAGCAGGCCACGUGUCGUUAUUUCCACUGUUAUUCACGGCAGCCGAGUUUCCUAUCAAGGUCGCUUACACGAUCACAUGGCUGAUCAUCUUCCUCUAUGCCUUUGAUCAGUUGGCGCCAGCACCUUCCAGGCGGCGAAUUUUCCUUUUGGAUCGAUUUGCCCUGCUUUAUAUUGCCAUCUCUGUUCCACUGAUGGCUUACUGCUCGCUGGUGCAUAGAAUGGUGUUCGGAGCUAGAUACGAAUUUUUACCAUUGAUGUUCAUCAGCACAUACUCUGCAGUAGGAGUCAUAGGGUCGUGGCUGGGAUUCAUGGUUUGCUAUUUGUCGUAAAUGGCAAACUCGCGAUGCAUUGAAGAUUACUUGUGGGUGAUCACCAAUACUAG